AAGACCUAGGAUCACUCAUACCAUAAGCAAUCCAAUCCGAUCCGAUCCAAUCCAUCCAACAACCACCAAAUCACUUUCAGUUCUCACACAAAGUUUCAGAUAAAAUUCAGCUAUCUGAAGACAUCAGAAGAAGUAGCUAAUUUAAGCUAAGCUAGAGAAGAUGAAGAACAAGGGCAGCAGCUGCAGGUAUCUUCCUCACUCUUCUGCACCAUGCGCCACCGACGGCGCCAGAUGUUUCCGCUGCGACCACCGGCCGGCGAUCGACGAGAUCGUCAGGGAGCAGUCGCUGGUGACCCAGCUGCGCGCCGUCGUGCUGCCGGCGCUGGAGACGAAGGCCGACGACGGGCGGGCGGAGAUCGUGGCGCAGCUGUUCGGGAGCAUACUGGAUUGCUCCAGGAAGGUGAUCUCUGCUCUGAAUUCUCGCUACGUCGGAGAAUCACCUCCUGACGAUGAUGAGAUCGUCGACAAAAGGAGGGCGAAGAGGAAGAACAGUGAGGGCAAGAAGGGUGAUGAUCAGGUGAAAGUGAAGCCACAUGAGCACAAGAGAAGCAGGAGAUACACUAACUCAACAUCACAAAUCACAGCUGUUCCACAUUAUGACGGUCAUCAAUGGAGAAAAUACGGACAGAAGAAUAUUAACAACUCAAACCACCAAAGGAGCUACUACAGAUGCAGCUACAAGCAUGAACAAAACUGCAAAGCAACCAAGACAGUGCAACAACUGGACAGUGCCGGCGAAACCAUCAUGUACACCGUGGUCUACUACGGACAACACACCUGCAAGACUAACAUGAGCAAUGCUCCUCUCCAUGUUGUUGAAACAAGUACCACUCAAAGCAUCUCAACAACAUGCUGCUCUGAUGAUCUUGGCGAUUAUAGCCAAAAGAUGGAGAACAUGCACACACCAGAGUUGGCAGAAGUGUGCUCUGAUGAGCUUGGUUCUUACCAUGCAAUAAUAGGGGCAGAGCACAGUGCACUAGGGUUGGAGGAUGAACACAUGCACAAGCUGCUCGACACAUUUGCAUGUGGAGCAUUAGAUCUGGACAGCUGGGAGAUUGAUGCAAUUGUGAGAUCUGGUUUCUGCUAGGUGAAUUUUGAUGCAUGUUGCUGUGAUCAGUUUUGGUGCUUAGAUGGAGUUUUUUUGUAUUAUAUGUGGUUAUAUGGUGCUUACUGAACUUUGGUGAAUGCAAAAUAAAUAGUUUAGUGCUUGCUAGAUAGCAAGUUAAGUUAAAAAAUAUAGUUACUUAUAUUAUUUAUAUAUGUAAGUUGGUAUUGUAAGGUACAAUCAACAACCUUGAAGAAUUUUGUCCAUAAAUUUUAAGUAUAUAUACAUGCAGGUUGAAGAUAUGAAACACACUGUCUAUGAUGAGUUGACACUAUAUAUAGGAUGAAUUCAGUGUAAUAAUGGGUCUAUUUGGUGUACUAACAAACGAAUGAUGAUGCACAUAAGACCAUCUCUCUUGACCCAUGUAUAGUACAAGGAACAAGUAGCCAUGCAUGGCAACGAAAAUGAAAAAAUAUGUUUGUGUUUGACAUAAUGUCAAAACAGGCAUGAUUUACCUAACCCUUUUUAACUUGUGCGACUUGUGUCAGUAAUAUUUUUUUAAUUAUUUCUGACUUUUCGAAAUGGUCUCAU